AUGGAAGCCUCAUCUUCUGGAUCUACGAUUUCAUCAGUCACUGGUGGAAAAGCAAAAACCCAUCAGCCAGAAGGAAGAGAGGAUUUGCAGGUUAACCAGCUGGAAACGCAAAUAUGGAUAAAACCAGACAUACAGAAGACAGAUGUGGACUUUUCAGAAAUUCUUAAUGCAAUACAAGAAAUAGCUAAGGAUGUCAACAUUUUUUUUGAUGAGUUAGAAGGUGUGAACAGCCCUUCCAAAGAUGAUGAUUCCCUGCUUCACCAUGGUAACUUGACCAGUACUUCUGAUGAUGCCAGCAGGCUGGAAGUUGUGGGAGAGGAAGUACCUGAUAAGAACAAAACCAAUGGACUAUAUUUUAGAGAUGGGAAAUGUCGGAUUGACUACAUCCUUGUGUAUAGAAAAUCUAAUCCACAGACAGAGAAGAGGGAAGUAUUUGAGAGAAAUAUCAGAGCAGAAGGACUUCAAAUGGAAAAAGAAUCAUCCCUAACAAACAGUGACAUCAUGUUUGUGAAACUGCAUGCCCCUUGGGAGGUCCUGGGCAAAUAUGCUGAACUAAUGAAUGUAAGAAUGCCUUUCAGGCCCUUUAACCCCUUCAAUGCUGGAGCCCCCUGCAUACUUGUGCGCUGCUGUUUUUUAAAUGGACAUUUCAUUGAAAUCAAUGGGAGGUCAAGAAGAUCCAGGAGAAAAAUCUAUUACCUGCAUCGCCGAUACAAGUUCAUGAAUAGGAUCGAGAAACAGAUAAGCAGGUUCCGCGGAUGGUUGCCCAGAAAGCCAAUGAAACUGGACAAGGAAACACUGCCAGAUCUGGAGGAGAAUGACUGCUAUACUGCUCCAUUCAGCCAACAAAGGAUCCACCACUUCAUAAUACACAACAAAGAUACUUUCUUCAAUAAUGCUACAAGAAGUAGAAUUGUACACCAUAUCUUACAAAGAGUGAAAUAUGAAGAAGGGAAAAACAAAAUUGGUCUGAAUCGAUUGCUCAGUAAUGGCUCCUAUGAAGCUGCAUUUCCUCUUCAUGAGGGAAGUUACAGAAGUAAGAAUUCAAUAAAAACCCAUGGAGCAGAAAACCACAGACACCUGCUCUAUGAGUGCUGGGCUUCCUGGGGUGUGUGGUAUAAAUACCAGCCACUGGAUCUUGUAAGACGGUAUUUUGGUGAGAAAAUUGGGCUGUACUUUGCCUGGUUAGGCUGGUACACAGGGAUGCUCUUCCCAGCUGCCUUCAUUGGAUUGUUUGUCUUUUUGUAUGGAGUCACCACUUUGAACCACUGCCAAGUCAGUAAAGAAGUCUGCCAAGCUACAGAUAUCAUAAUGUGUCCCAUAUGUGACAAAUACUGCCCCUUCAUGAGGUUGUCAGACAGCUGCAUUUAUGCCAAGGUAACCCACCUUUUUGACAAUGGAGCUACUGUCUUUUUUGCUGUUUUCAUGGCAGUGUGGGCCACUGUUUUUCUGGAGUUUUGGAAAAGAAGGCGAGCAGUAAUUGCUUAUGACUGGGACUUGAUAGACUGGGAAGAAGAAGAGGAGGAAAUACGUCCGCAGUUUGAAGCCAAAUACUCCAAGAAAGAACGAAUGAACCCCAUAUCUGGGAAGCCAGAGCCUUAUCAAGCAUUUGCAGAUAAAUGCAGCAGACUCAUCGUUUCUGCAUCUGGAAUAUUUUUUAUGAUCUGUGUGGUGAUUGCUGCUGUUUUUGGCAUUGUUAUUUACCGUGUUGUGACUGUCAGCACUUUUGCUGCCUUUAAGUGGGCUUUAAUCAGGAAUAACUCUCAGGUUGCAACUACAGGGACUGCAGUGUGCAUCAACUUUUGCAUCAUCAUGCUACUGAAUGUGCUGUAUGAAAAAGUUGCUCUUUUCCUGACAAAUUUAGAGCAGCCUCGUACGGAAUCGGAGUGGGAGAACAGCUUCACUCUGAAAAUGUUUCUUUUUCAGUUUGUCAAUCUGAACAGCUCUACCUUUUAUAUAGCAUUCUUCCUUGGAAGAUUUACAGGACACCCUGGUGCCUACUUAAGGCUGAUAAACCGAUGGAGGCUGGAAGAGUGCCACCCUAGUGGAUGCCUUAUUGAUCUCUGUAUGCAAAUGGGUAUUAUAAUGGUGUUAAAGCAGACAUGGAAUAAUUUCAUGGAAUUGGGAUACCCGCUAAUUCAAAACUGGUGGACCAGGAGAAAACUACGGCAAGAAUACGGCACACAGGGAAAAACAAGCUUCCCACAGUGGGAAAAGGACUACAAUCUGCAGCCCAUGAAUGCUUAUGGACUCUUUGAUGAAUACCUAGAAAUGAUUCUUCAGUUUGGGUUCACAACCAUUUUUGUGGCAGCUUUUCCACUGGCACCACUUCUGGCCUUACUAAACAAUAUUAUUGAAAUUCGGCUUGAUGCUUACAAAUUUGUUACUCAGUGGAGAAGACCUUUAGCUUCAAGAGCCAAAGAUAUAGGCAUCUGGUAUGGGAUCCUGGAAGGCAUUGGAAUUCUUUCAGUUAUCACAAAUGCAUUUGUUAUAGCAGUGACAUCAGAUUUCAUCCCUCGCCUUGUUUAUGCUUACAAAUAUGGACCUUGUGCUGGCCAAGGAGAAGCAGGACAAAAGUGUAUGGUUGGCUACGUUAAUGCCAGUUUAUCAGUAUUUCUGGUGUCUGACUUUGAAAACCGUUCAGAGCCAACAUCAAAUGGAAGUGAAUUCUCUGGGUCACCAUUAAAAUAUUGCAGGUACAGGGACUACCGAGACCCUCCGCACUCCCCAGUGCCCUACGGUUACACGCUGCAGUUCUGGCACGUCUUAGCAGCACGCUUGGCCUUCAUUAUUGUGUUUGAGCACCUUGUCUUUUGCAUAAAGCAUCUGAUCUCCUACUUAAUUCCAGAUCUUCCAAAAGAUCUGAGAGAUCGAAUGAGGAGAGAAAAGUACCUGAUUCAGGAAAUGAUGUAUGAAGCUGAGCUAGAACGUCUGCAAAAAGAGCGGAAGGAAAGGAAAAAGAAUGGAAAAUCUUAUCACAAUGAGUGGCCAUGACAGGAUGAGGAAGAAACUGCUUAAAAGAAGACCAUUUGCUUAAAAGAAGAUAAGAACUCUUGUUUAUAAUAACAAUCCUGGUUUUCUACAGCAGAGAGUGCAUUGAAAAGAAUAGUCAGUGAUGUUGUGUGCAUUUAGCACGUGUGCCCCUCUUCAACAGGGUGGAUUUUGUUGUAAGCCUUUUGAAAUUAGAGGUGUUUCCAAGGCUUAGUCUUCUCUAGAGCUGAUGUCAACAUGAGCACAUC